CUUCCGGAAUCCAGGAUGAACAACCCUAUCCUGGCAUCAGAGAUUGCGGCACUCGUCGCGGACUCGUUGAAAGACACCUUGACCGCGCAGAAUUCGGCUCUAAACACGAGAAUCGAUAACCUCACAGCUCUCUUUGAAAGCUUUUCAUCGGAUGUUGCUGAAUCACGCGAGGAAAGCCAGAGGCUUUUCCGCCUGCUCGGCGACAUGUUUCAGUAUUCUCACAAGACCCACCACCUUCGCUUGUGCACGUUGGAAGAAAGUUUAGGUGUUAAGGUCACAUUACCGCCCUUCACCACCGGAAACUACAAUGAUACUGCUCCAAAGAACUCUCCAAGUCCGCAUCUCCAUCCGCAAUCCAGUCCGGAUUCCUCUUCUGUCAACCGCACCCUCGUGGCCGAAGAGUCCAUUCUGAGUGGCUCGCACCUCACAUCGGACUCCUGGCAGACUAAUGGGACUUCGCAUGGCAGCGCUUCGAGUUCUAGCCAUGCAGCAUCCACCACCUCGACAUCUCCUCCCUCAACCCCCGUCCGUGCCUCUCAGAGUCUCGGUCUCUUUGAGAAGGCAGUACCGCCAUCGCCCUCUACUGAUUCCAUCGACGAUGACAUGGUCCAAGAGUAUAUGACCAGAGGGACCUUUCCCUCUAGCCCCAUAUCCCCUUCAUAUGACGUUUACCUCUCCAAACCUCCAAGCCCUCCGCCAUCUGCUAUGUUCCACGAUCUCUUUGAUGGCCAGCUAUCGCCAUUGCCCUCAGAGCGUCCACCAGAAAGCGACACUGAGGAUGACGUGCCUUUACUCAAGCGGGAGCCAGUAGAUCCGGCCCUGCAUCCCUCGCGCAAGAGAAAGCGAGAAAUACGGAAGCAGAAAGCGAGCAGUGCUUCAACUUCUCAACAACCCACCAAACGCACCAAGCAUGCUACCGUGAAGACGGAGAAAAUCCAGCCAAUCUGGCCCAAACCAACAACGGAAUACUUGGAUCACGAUGGUUUAUUCAUCCAAUGUUAUGAAGACGUGCUGUGUGGCCGAUGGUACCAUUACUGUUGUGUUGGCAUCGUCCCCGAUGACCCACGACUCGAGCAUAAUGCCAAGUGGUUAUGCCCACCCUGCAUCGCGAAAGGUCAGCAAGCUUGGAGUAUUGUCUUUUUACUGAUCAACCAUCUAGCUGGUCUUCGCCCCACACCAUGCACUCCCGGUAGCUCACAAUCGUGCUCUCGUCCAGACUGUCCAGUCAUCGGUGACUAUUAUGAACCCACCGGAAUAUUCGGGCGAUACCAUAAAACGGAUCCCACAUCUGGUGAACGCCGCACGUCUUGGCUUGUCUUCUGGAAAGACUAUACUUGGGCUCAUGCUUCUUGGGAACCCACAGCGCCGGGCGAGGACAAACGGCAACAUUUUAUGGAUCGAGCAAAGGUGGAAGGUCUAGAUCUCAACAAAGACCUCAUUAUGCUUGAAGCUGCUAUCCAUGGAGGCGCAAAGAAGCCAUGGGAGACCCCACUGUUUGACUGA